CGAAUAAAUGGAUAGUAGGAGAGAAAAUUACCACCUACGAAGUGUCAGAAAAAAUAUGGAGAAAGACCAGCUACAGGACGACAUCACUGAAAAUGCACGAGCCCUGUCUCCGGCGGUACGUACUGAAAGGAAAGAAAACGGGAAACAGGAAAAUCAGGAACAUGGAGCUGUCCCAAAGGUGAAGGAAAGUGAUUCAAGAACACCCAAACAAGUUAAGUAUUCACACCACUCGAAGAGACGAAUGUUCAACCUUGAAAAUCAACAUGAAAAGGAUAAGUCUAGAAUGUUUGAUAUGUUUAUUUCAAAAAUUGUUAAUGAUACAGUGAGAAUGACCCUUAAUAAUGUACAAGUUGAUCAAGCUAGAAGUGGAGAUCAAGAAAAUGAUUAUUUUAUGCAGGAUGUUCCUGGGGUUGAUUUGAUUAAUACUGAUAAUCUUGAUACUGAAAAUCUAGCGAAUAACAUACGUGGACAUGCACGCGUUCAAUCUGGUUCACGUAUACAGGGUGUCUCUGAAAGAAAUAUAAACGUCAAAUCAAAUUUAAGUUCCAAUUUUAACUUACCUCAGUGUCUUCCUGGGUUGAAUGUACAGACUGCUCAUCAUUCAGGACAACAACAAAUUUCAAAUUUAACUAUGAACGAUAAUUUAUUUGGUUUGGGAGAUCUAAGUAAACUUGUACCUGAUUUUGAUGGGGAGAGUCAUGUGCAGGCUCCAGAAUUUCUUCAGUUUCUGGAAAACGGAAUAAAUGUUAAUGCUAUCUCUUUUAAUAAUAUCAGAAUUUUUCUAUGCAAAUCAUUCAAAAUAAAAAAGAAAAUUCAUGAUCAUACUUAUGUUUUGGUAUCUCCGAAAACUGGUGAAGAACGCGGAAUUUUUCACUCGUCCCACUUAAAAACGUAUGCUGUUCCGACCUAUGCUGCUGAAAAUUAG